CAUAUCCUUCACAAAAACCCUAACCCUAACCCUAAAAGAGAAGAAAAAAAGGGGCCCACCACAAAAAAAAACACCAUCAUGGCCACUCUUCAAGGAGACAAUGUGGUUGUACCACAGAUGAAGCUUGAAAGGUUGCUAAGCAUGAAAGGUGGCAAAGGAGAGACAAGCUAUGCAAACAAUUCACAAGCUCAGGCCCGACAUGCUCGAUCAAUGCUUCACCUCCUCGAAGGCACGCUCGAUGCGAUGUCUCUCCCCCCACCGACAGACACCUUCGCAGUCGCCGACUUGGGCUGCUCUUGCGGCGGCAACACUCUCUUCAUCAUCGACGUUAUCAUCAAACACCUGAUCAAGCGCUUCGAUGCGUCUGGAUGCGCACCACCUGAGUUCCAAGCCUUCUUCUCCGAUCUACCAUCGAACGAUUUCAACACACUCUUCCAGCUUCUCUCUCCCUUAACCAUUAAAGGCAGCCUAGAGGAGUGUCUCGCCGCCGAUGGGGCCCGCUCUUACUACGCGGCGGGCGUCCCGGGAUCGUUCUACCGUCGAUUAUUCCCGGCCCACUCGAUCAACGUCUUCCAUUCAGCCUUCUCCUUGCAUUGGCUCUCUCAGGUGCCUGAGAGCGUGAUGGACAGCAAGUCUCCUGCAUAUAACAAGGAAAGGGUGUUUAUACACGGAGCUUCGGUGUAUACGGCGCAGGCAUACAAGCAACAGUACCAGAAGGACUUGGCGGUUUUCCUGAGGUCACGGUCGCAUGAGCUGAAAACGGGAGGGUCUAUGUUUCUGGUUUGCUUGGGCAGAACUUCGGUGGACCCCACAGAUCAAGGUGGGGCCGGGCUUCUAUUCGGGACCCACUUCGAGGACGCUUGGAAUGACUUGGUGGAAGAGGGUCUAGUGGACGGCCAGAAACGCGACCACUUCAACAUUCCGGUGUAUGCAGCCAGCCUACAAGAUUUCAAGGAAGUGGUCGAAUCCGAUGGCUCAUUUUCGAUCAACAAGCUUGAGAUCUUCCGUGGCGGUAGCCCAUUGGUGCUGAACCGUCCGGAUGAUGCCGCCGAGGUGGGCCGCGCCCUCGCCAACAGCUGCAGGGCCGUGUGUGGCGUUUUGGUGGACGCCCAUCUCGGCGAUCAGCUUAGCAAUGAGCUCUUUGAUAGGCUCGAACGGAGGGCCACGAUCCAUGCCAGGGAGCUGGUGGAGCAUCUACAGUUCUUUCAUAUAGUGGCCUCACUUUCUUUAAGGUAGUAAAAUGGACGGCUAUGAUGGAGUGAUCACUACCGUAGGACAGCUUUUCAAUUGAUGCAUGUGUUU